AUGAACAAGCUUCUCGCCUUCGCGGUUUUCGCCGCGCUCCUUGCCCUGGCCGCGGCCGAUUGCCAGGUCACCGUCAAGCAGACCCUCGGCAGCGCCUGGACCGUCAACGGCCAGGACUACUCCCAGUGGAGCGUGACCCUGACCAACAGCGGCUCGGAGGCGCUCAAGUCCGUCGACCUCUCCAUCAUCAACGCCUCGCUCUUCGACCAGCUGUGGAACAUCGUCAAGGACAACCGCGGCCUCUACGUGCUCCCCGACUACAUCCUCCAGAACGGCGGCAUCGCUGUCGGCGGCUCGUACCAGUUCGGUUACAUCAUCAAGACUAAGACCCAGGCCAGCAUCGACGUCGAGAAGGCUGACUGCAAGGGCGUCUCGCCCUCUGUCGCCCCGUCGACCUCGCCCGCCGCCCCUUCGGCUUCGCCCGCCGCCCCGUCCGCCUCGGCCUCGCCCGCCGCCGCCUCGCCUUCGUCGUCGGCCUCGCCUGUCGUCGUCGCCUCGCCCGCUCCCGCCGGCUGCGCCGUGACCGUCGAGUCUGUCGCCCGCUCCGCCGCCAGCGGUGGCCAGUGGACCGAGGGUGACUCCAAGUUCCAGAUCUACGACCUGACCAUCACUGCCUCGGGCAACACCCCCGUCGAUGGCGUCAAGCUCUCCAUCAACGUGGCUGCUGACGUCAGCAUCUACCAGUUCUGGAACCUCCAGCGCGUCGACACCUCCGCCAUCUUCACCGUGCCCACCCCGUGGGGCUCCAUCCAGGUCGGCGCGUCGCAGGGUGCCGGCUUCAUCGUCAAGUCCAAGAUCGGCGCCUCCACCGCCGCCCCCGUCGUCAAGGUCGAGUCCACCACCUGCAACGGCUCGCCCACCGCCGCCCCCUCGUCCUCCCCCGCCUCGCCUUCGCCCUCGACUGUGGUCUCCACCCCUCAGCCCAGCGCCGCCCCCUCGGGCUGCGCCGCUAAGGUCAGCGUUGUGGCCCGCUCGGCUGCUAGCGGCGGCCAGUGGCAGGACGGUGCCAACUACAACCAGAUCUUCGACGUGACCGUGACCAACAUCGGCACCAAGGCCAUCACCGGCGGUCAGGUCCAGUUCGCCCUCGCCUCGGGCGUGUCGAUCACCCAGUUCUGGGAGCUCAACCGCAAGGACGCCACCACCUUCGCCGUCCCGACCACCUACGGCCCCAUCCAGGUCGGCGCCUCGCAGGGCGCUGGCAUCGUCGGCACCUCGACUUCGUCGGCCACCAUCGCCGUCCCCACUGCCACCCUCACCGGCCUCACCUGCAACUAA